UGAUGCUUUUCAGGUUUUCCAUUACAAUUUUUAGAUACAAAGGUAAACUUGGCCAGUAAUUGCGAAUUUAAUGUUGCCGUAUUGAAUUUCGAACGAAGAUUAGAGAAAAUCGAAAUAUGAUAUGAUCGUAGUUUUGAGGAAGUUAUGUACGAAGUAGGGGGAAAAAACGCGGGAUUAGAGAGAACAUCUGUGCUUCUGUGUGCACCAGUGUUACCAGAUGCUCAACACAUCGGUCUAUAAUCUAGUAAUAUUAACCCUGACUGGUCCUACGCGUAGUUGCCAUUGCGACGCUUGUUUCAAUUGGUCGAGCACGGCCGAGCUGUUACGGGGCAAUACGAAUGACGAACUUUCUAACGUGUUUACCAAUAUGGCGUACCGACGUUUGAAUUUGAUCGUUACGUGACGGCACACUGAGAAGUUUGUGAAACACAUUGAAAACAUAUGUGAAAUUGUAACAUUUACGUGAUAUAUUGGAGCGAUACGGGUUAGAACAGACUAUCAGCUGGCCUUGGAUUUCACGACCGUGCAUUCGUAAUGGAGAAUUUCGUGAAGAUCGAGAAAAUCGGUGAAGGUACUUAUGGGGUAGUAUAUAAGGGAAAGCACAAGAAAACAGGGGAAAUUGUAGCUAUGAAAAAGAUUCGUUUGGAAAGUGAUGACGACGGAAUGCCAUCAACGGCAAUUCGUGAGAUAUCAUUGCUCAAAGAGUUACCUCAUCCCAAUAUUGUCAGAUUAAUGGAUGUGUUGAUGGAAGAGACCAGAUUGUAUCUCAUUUUUGAAUACCUUACUAUGGAUCUAAAAAAAUAUAUGGAUAGUUUAGGUGCUGGGAAAGUGCUAGAACCAAAAAUGGUUAAAUCUUAUUUAUAUCAGAUUACGCGCGCUAUCCUUUUCUGCCACAAGCGUAGAAUAUUACAUCGCGAUUUGAAGCCUCAGAAUUUACUGAUCGACAAAUCAGGGGUUAUUAAAGUAGCAGAUUUCGGGCUCGGUAGAGCGUUUGGCAUACCGGUCAGAAUAUACACGCACGAAGUAGUUACUUUAUGGUACAGAGCUCCAGAAAUUCUUCUCGGCGCUAACAGAUAUUCGUGCGCCAUCGACAUAUGGAGCGUAGGUUGUAUAUUCGCCGAAAUGGCCACUAAGAAACCGCUAUUCCAAGGAGAUAGCGAGAUCGAUCAACUAUUUAGAAUAUUUCGUAUACUGAGGACUCCUACCGAAGAGAUAUGGCCUGGUGUAACACAACUAACAGAUUACAAGGCUACAUUUCCAAAUUGGAUAACAAAUAAUUUGGAGUCGCAAGUUAAAACGUUAGACGCGGAUGGUCUCGAUCUUUUGCAAUCGAUGCUUAUCUAUGAUCCUGUGCACAGAAUAUCGGCGCGAUCUGCUUUGCAACAUCCUUAUUUCAACGAUUUGGAUCUAACCAAAUUGCCUUCCGCAUAAAAGUACGGAGAACUACGAAAUGAUAGAUGUAUAUUGCUCAGAUAUUGUGACGUUUUAAUCGUGUGACUAUAUGGAGAAUAUGUCUCAGGGUAUCUGAAAAUGAAGUUUAUUUAUUCGAGUAUAAGAACACGUUUAAGUUUCCUUUUUAUGACUGCUCAUUGGAUAUGGAAAAUUCAUGUAGGGUACUUUGAUUUCUUAUUGCGAUUAUAUUGUGUUUUUUUCGACAGAAUUUUGAAUGAAAAUUUCGAUGAACGUACCAUGUCAUGAUAAGUCACCGCAGCAUGCUCGAGCAAGUUUAACUGUAGCAGUUUGAUAUUUCAGUGAUUCAUCUUUAGCACACACAAAAAAAAAUGCACAGUUGUCUAACCGACAGCACGACGUAUUACGUAUUUGUUAAAAUUUACUUAUUUUCUAUAUUUAGCAUUUAUCGAUUUAAACGAAGGUAUUGCGGAACUAUAAGUGCCUUUAAAUACCAUUAUACCAUACUGAAUAGAAACAUUACUUCUUCAGAAAG